CGAAGACACAAUGUUGCAAGCUGACUUACAUACUGAUGGUGGGAUUUCUCGAGGCAAUCAAAGUGGCGGUGCAGUAAAGGUUUCAACCGAAGAGAAUCAAGGUGGUGGUGCAACUUCGCGCAAAGGAGUCAUCCAGUGGUUGAGGCAGCUGGGUUGCCAAUUAAUGAUCCGGUUUCUGUUGUUGAUGUGGAUAAAGAAACGGGAGUUAAAAGUGAUGCACAAACAGAUGGAGUGACCAUAACACCAAUCCCUUUGAAUUUUGAUAUAAGUACUGAAAUUUGGCUUUUAAGUGCCAAUCACAUAUCGUUUUGAUAAGCAAUAAUUGACAAACACUAGUCAUUUUUUGUUUGUUUUUUAUUUCAGCAAUCUUAGCAAUCUGGUGAUAUGGAGAAUGCUAAUGCUAAAUUUACUGCAUUAGAGGAAAUGAUAGCGGAAUUGCUAGUCAACUGUCCUUUAGCAUCUGUUAUUCCUCUCGGUGCUCCUCCAGUACCACGCGAUGAUCAAGCUGAUUUGUCAAGUUUAAGGACCCCUCAGAAUUCGGACGAUAAACGGGUAAUGAUCUCUCAGUGGAUGAUUCGUGAUUCUCAGAUACCAACCCAACUUGGAAUACAACCAACAACUGGACAAAGUUCAACAAAUGAAACUGAACAACAAGUCGGAGUACAAUCGAUCGUUGGCCACAGUUCAAGUGAUGAAACUGGACAACAAGUUCCUGUACAACCAAAUGCGGGUCAAAGCUCAAGUGAUGAGACUGCACAACUUUCAAACCCUGAAACACAAAUCAUUGUCCAUCUAGGGGCUGCCCGAGAAAGGAAACCAAGCAAAUAUAACCUGUCCCCUUACUGUCCCAAUUUCAGCUCAGCGAGUUCUUCUGCCAAAAAUAUCAGUCCUUGUAUUUAUCAGAAAAAACACCCAUUUGUUGAGAACCCUAUCAAUGCCCCGUUAGAUACUUCGUUUCUUCAAGAAUAUCAAAAGUGGCUUGAGAAGGAUCUGUUGAAAUCGCAUGACAAAAAGAAACCCAAGAAAAAUCAUUAUAGAUAGAACAAGGAAGGACUCGAUCCUGCUGAUGCCGAACUUCGGUUACAUUUAGGUGUUAUAGCCAUAUCCGACAAAAACUGGUUCUACUUGUUAUCUAUGGAUGGGUAAAUUUGGACUGAUGAGGUUUGAUGUCUUUCUGCUUGUUAUCUAAGUUUUUUAUGUUUUAUAAUAGCAUUAUAGUGUGAUGUAUCUAGAGUAUAUUUUUACUAUAUUUGACAUGUAUAUAGAUCACAAUUCUGUACUUACAUUAUUACUGGAUUGUAUUUUAAAUAUAUUCAUCAUUAUAUUUGCACUAUAUUUAAUAUAGAGACAUUAAUUUAUUAGUUGAGUAUAGUACUGAUUAAGUACAGAAUUGUAUUUUUGCUAUAUUUAACAGUAUAUUUCACUAUAUUUAAUAUAUAUACAACAAUAUUUUUAUUGAAGAUAGUACUGAUUAUAGUCAUUGAAUUGAUGUUUUUACAGCAUAUUGAUGUUAUUUUCUACUACCUACGCAAGAAGGGGAAGUAUGACAAUAACAAUAAUUAUAGAUUUACCACUGUCAGCUGUAUUUUUCACACUUUAGUUGCUGAAAUUUACACAUCUUGGGAAAACCCAGAUUCGUCUAGAAUUGUCGCCAUUAAGGAAGAUGAACUGUGUGAGUACAUUAAUGGGCAUAGGCUGUUGGCUAAUGUACCAUGGUAUACUGUUGACAACGUACUAAUUCCUGUCAAUGUAAAAGAGGAAAAUCACUGGAUUUUGGUUGUGAUAUCAUUCACUGACAGGUGUGCUCUCAUCCUUUGAAAAAAUCAUUCAUUUUUGUACAAAAUUUAUAUGUUUGUUGUUAUCGUAUUUUUUCUUUUUACAAACAGGUGCUUGUACGUAUACAAUCCAUACCGAGCUGCAGGGCAUGAUGUUGUCGUUAGAGCCGAUAUGAAAAUGUUGGCUACUCUUGUGACACACAGUCUACAAAUGACUGAUUUCUAUGAGAAGAAGGCGGAUAUAGAUUUUGACACACAUCCUUCUUACAGAAACAGAGAACAGACCGACAACUUUGACAUUGUGAAUGUAGACAAUCUUCCGCAACAAGCUCCCGCUAGCAUCCUUUGCUGAAUACUUGAGCUCAAGUGAAGUCAUCCCAACUGAAUUCGAUGCAAAGUUACUCCAUAUGAGAUAUUGUGCCCUUUUAUGCGACUAUGCAUGGGAUAAGUCAAACAACAAUGCAUCAAGUGAUAAUGAGCUGCCUCCAAGACCAAUUAGACCGGCAGUUGUUUACAAUGCAGUUGAUAAAGUAGAUCUUGAUUAGGCCACCAACUCUUUUGUGUUUUUGAUUUUCAUGUUGAACAUUAGCAUAGUUGGUUGCGACUUUUGUUGCUGUUUUUUUCAUUUUGGACAUAUCGUUUCAUCUGCAGUAAUAUUUUUAGGAUCAUUAAUGUUGAA